UUGGGGUGCGGUGGGUGGUAGUAGUUAUGGUGAUUGUGGCGGUUGUCGUUGAGGGUGUGGCAAUUGUAGUUCUGGUUAUGCUGGUGGUAGUUGUGGCUGUUAUGGUUGCGGUCAUGGUCGUGGCUGUGGUUGUGGUCAUGGUCAUGGUCAUGGUCGUGGUUGUGGUCACGGUCGUGGUUGUUGUUGUUGUUGUGGUCAUGGUCGUUGUUGUGGUUGUGGUCAUGGUCGUGGUUGUGGUUGUGGUCAUGAUCGUGGUUGCGGUUGUGGUCAUAGUCAUGGUCGUGGUUGUGGUUGUGGUUGCGGUUGUGGUCAUGGUCGUGGUUGUGGUUGUGGUUGUGGUCGUCAUUGUUAUCAUCAUCGUUGUUGUGGUUGCGGUUGUGGUUAUUGAAGGUGAGUUGCAUCUCUGUAUUGACUACAGAGGGCUGAAUGUUGUCACUAUUAAGAAUGUUGAACCUCUACCACGAAUUGACAACUUGCUAGACCAGUUGCAGGGCUAUAAGUUUUUUAGUAAUAUUGAUCUGAAGUCAGGGUACCAUCAGAUCGAGGUGGAACCCACGGAUCAACAUAAGACCGCAUUCCGCACGAGGUACAUACUCCUUUUGGAUAAGGCUGGCCGUGUGCGAUGGCGGGCAACAGGAAUGGCCUCCUCAGAGGAGCUAUCAUGGAUGAUGCACUGCACCCGGUCGUUGCUUCGGGAGUCAAGUGAGGCAAAGAGGUGAAACUUCCGUUAAACCUCAAGUGAAGCAAAGAGGAAGAAACACAUGCGUGACUUGCGUGUGUGACACAAGAAAACUUGCCUGUGUGACGUGGAUAUUAUUGAUACUAAUGCCACGCAGGUAAGCGCUGAUAUGCGAUUACUGCAGAAGCAUUCGAUUAAUGCCUCUGCUUCUGCCACAUGGCAGUGGAUGAUGCUCGCUAGUCACAACGGCAGCUAGAGGUGCUCGCUACUGUCUUUGCCCGAGUAGAAUGCCCGGUCAUUAUCACUGUAUCUGGACUGAAAGUUGUCCCUCAUACAGCAUAUGAUGACUGGGUGUUCUAUUCGGGUGAAGACGGUAGUCAAGGAAGCCAAUGGCCAGUGGUCACCAAGGAUAACCAGGUUGGUUCUGUCUGUCAUUCUUGGCCCUCCUGCCAGAUGUCAGGCGGCCGCAGAGAUAAAAGCCUGGCAGGUUGACAGCUGUCAUUUCGCCAGCUGUUGCAUGCAGGAGUGUGCGUCAGGCAGAAACGAGCACUGAAUCUUGUGAUGGAUCUGACAUCUGACACCUCUACACACUGCCAGCAGUGCAAGAACUCCACAUCUUUCUCCUGGUGUUUUGAUCCUGGGCAUAUGAUGCACGCCGUGUGUGUGAAACCGAGAGUCAGGGCAUGCACACACUAGCACUAGCACUUUCCUAAAUGUAUCGGACUGCAAUUACAGUAGCACCUGGAUGCAUCUGACUGCAAUCAGGUCCAGAGCUCAGUUGAAAAAUCUCCUUUUGUGAGUUUACGCCCUCAGUAUUGACGAGGAAAGUGACUCAUGAUCUUAGAUAUGGCUAACCUAUCUGUGGGGAGGGGCAGCAACCCCACCAGAGUUAAAACCGUGUGUGCGACCAGAUUCAUGCCUCUGGACCAUGUGGGCGACCAGACUCAUGCCUCUGGAGCAGCAACAUAGCACCUGUGUGUGCUGGCCCCAUGGUCUCCUUCGCACUUGUACUUAUGCCACUUGCCAAGAAGGAAUUUGCCCGGAGUUAAAUAUGCCUUGAACUCAGGACUCCCUCUCCUCUGGCUAUGAAUGGUCUGUGCAUCUAACCGUUGACAUGAACAGAUCAUCAGUUUGAAUCGUAAUGGAGUCAGAUGGAUAAUGUAUGACAAUGCUAGGAGCCACCCCCUUCUGAACAGGAAGACAAAAGAAAAGCCCCAACCUCAGGGAUGACUCCCCUGUUUGUGCUGCUACGGGAACUCUUUUGUUUGUUUGUUUGCCCGAAGUAUUGCUCCAAUCUAUUGGCGAGGAGGCACACCUGCUUGAAGCUUCUAACAGAAUUCAGUGUUAGUUGCAUGGUGAUCUAAUCGAUGUUGUCAUCCUCCUGUCUUCCCCACUCCUCCGCUCCCAGAAUAGAAUGAGGGCAGGCCUAGAGAAGUAUUUUUAAAAAUUUUGUGCGUUGGCAGGGGGGAGCGGGAAGAGUGAGAUAAGGGAGGUGGGUGGGGAAACAGCACAGAUAAGAUAACUGUUCCUUUGCCAGCCUGCUUGUGUGUGAUGCCGGAUUUUCAGGACAUUGGGAUGCAGAGGCUGGCGUGGGCACAGCUCAAAGUUGAAGUCAAACUGUGCUUGGUUUGGAUGAGCACUGUUGAAAGUCGUUCUGUGCAAGGCUGGGACCAGUUUGACUUUGCAAAGUCUGACUUUCUGGAGUUUAUUUCGAGUGCCGAAGACCUUCAGACAGUUGGCAUCAACAACGCUUGUGCGGAGGCGCACUGCACUUCUUUGGAAAGUAGCCAACUUGAUUUCUUUGGGAAGUAGUUGCCAACUUUGUAAUUUUUUUCAUUUCUUUUACGGACUUGAUUUCUUCG